AUGAUGUCGAUGGUGAGGCUAUUAGAAGAAUUGGACAAUUUUUUUAUCAACGCCCUCAUGGAAGUCAUCAUCGAAACAGUGGAGACGACGGACGACGGCAAACCGCUUUUGAGGAAAUCAGUCGGAGAGCUCCUCAUCAAAGGAUACGAGAUGACCUUCAUCGAGAUAUUGAAGGAAUUUUUGCUGGAAAACUUGCCGCUGAGCGAAGAUUACAUCGACGACACUAUUUCCGGUCUGCUGCCACCUGAAAUGGCGAGCGGCAUUUUCGGUUACUACCGCUUCAACAAUACCAACGACGGCAUUUACUUAGUCGGGACCGGCAGAAACGGGCCAGAAGACUUCGGUGACAUCAAGCUCUGGCGAGGGCUUCCAUAUCACGAGAAGCAACCGUGGGGGUCAGACGAGUGCAACAUGAUCAAUGGCACCGACGGCAUGAUCUAUCGUCCUUUCGUCGACGAGAAUUCCGUUCUGUAUGCCUUCAUCUGGGAAAUGUGCAGGUCGGGAUACUUCACUUACGAGAAGAAGGUGGAAUUUCGAGGGAUUCCGGCCCUUCGAUUCGUUGUCGGUCCUGAUGUUCUCGGAGACCCAGAUGUUUAUCCGGAAAAUCAGUGCUUUUGUGUAAAUGGUGAAUGCCUGAAAGCUGGAGUAUUGGACCUCACCUCAUGUACCGGUGUCUCCCUGGUGGCAUCCAUGCCGCACUUCUACUUAGGAGCAGAGGAAUAUUACAAUAAAUCCGUCUUGGAAGGAUUGGAGCCGAGGGAAGAAUGGCACCAGACUUUCAUCGACAUCGAGCCGAGUGCAGCCCUGACCAAGGAGUUGGCCGACGAAUUCCACAAUCGAAUCAUUCUACCUCAAGAAGUGCUGGCGAUCGGGUCGUGGACGGCCGUCGGCGUCGGACUCCUCCCCGUCGUAGUGGUGGGAGCCAUCACCGUUCGAGAAUAUCGGAGGAGAGGAUUUCGUCCCUACUAAGCCCUCCGAGACCGGUCGAUCUGCAGGGUUACCCAUUGCGGCUGCACAGUCACUAUGUGAUACUAUUAUUUAAAAGAAGGGAGAACUCGACAGGG